AUGGUGUCCCCUCACAGCAAUGGAUCCAGUGCUACAUAUUUCAUUCUGAUAGGUCUCCCAGGAUUGGAAGAAGCUCAGUUCUGGCUGGCCUUUCCAUUAUGCACCCUCUACCUUAUUGCUGUGCUAGGUAACUUGACCAUCAUCUACAUUGUGCGAACAGAGCAUAGUCUACAUGAACCCAUGUACAUCUUUCUUUGCAUGCUUUCUGGCCUUGAUGUACUCAUCUCCACCUCAUCCAUGCCCAAGAUGAUGGCCAUCUUCUGGUUCAAUUCCACUACCAUCCAAUUUGAUGCUUGCCUUCUACAGAUGUUUGCCAUCCAUUCAUUAUCUGGCAUGGAAUCCACAGUACUGCUGGCCAUGGCCUUUGAUCGCUAUGUGGCCAUCUGCCACCCACUACGCCAUGCCACUGUGUUAACGUUGCCUCGUGUUACUAAGAUUGGCAUGGCUGCUGUGUUGCGGGGUGCUGCACUUAUGGCACCCCUGCCUAUAUUCAUCAAGCGCCUACCAUUCUGCCGCUCCAAUAUCCUUUCCCAUUCUUACUGUCUACACCAAGAUGUCAUGAAACUGGCCUGUGCUGAUAUCCGUGUCAAUAUCAUCUAUGGACUCAUUGUCAUUAUCUCUGCUAUUGGCUUGGACUCAAUUCUCAUCUCCUUGUCAUACUUACUUAUCCUCAAGACUGUGUUAGGUCUGACACGUGAAGCCCAGGCAAAAGCAUUUGGCACAUGUGUCUCUCACGUGUGUGCUGUUUUUAUAUUCUAUGUACCUUUUAUCGGGUUGUCUAUGGUACACCGCUUUGGCAAGCGACAUGAUUCCCUUCUUCCUGUCAUCAUGGCCAAUGUCUACUUACUUGUUCCUCCUGUGCUUAACCCCAUUGUCUAUGGAGUGAAGACCAAGCAGAUCCGGCACCGAAUCCUCCGUCUUUUCCAAGUGAACACUGAGACUUCAGACCACUAG